UUUGGUAGAAAUUGGUAUUCGAUGGCAAAAGACCAUGGUGGAUCUCCAAAGUUGUACCAGCUUGAAUCGAAGAGAAAACGAGUUACUUGGAUUGUUGGUGUUAGUGGUCUAUGCAUCUUUUUCUAUGUUCUAGGAGCUUGGCAGAAUAAUGGAAGACGACCAACUCCAUCUGCUGAAGUGUACACGAGAGUUGGAUGUGAUCAUGAUAUGUCAUCAUCAUCGUCAAUAUCAUCAUCAGUAGUUCCUAUGGAUUUCGAGAGCCAUCAUCAACUAGUGGUAAACAAUACAAAGUCAUUAGAAAACUUUUCACCAUGUGAAAUGUUGUAUAGUGAAUACACACCAUGUCAAGAGCCACAAAGGGGUAGAAAAUUUGAUCGUAAUAUGCUAAAAUACAGAGAGAGGCAUUGUCCAAAUAAGGAAGAGAAAGAGGCGUUACGUUGUCUUAUACCUGCUCCACCCAAUUAUAAAAUCCCUUUCAAAUGGCCACAGAGUAGAGACUAUGCUUGGUUUGCGAAUAUACCACAUAAAGAGCUUAGCAUUGAGAAGGCUGUUCAAAAUUGGGUCCAAGUCGAAGGUGAUCGUUUGAGAUUUCCAGGAGGUGGAACCAUGUUUCCACACGGAGCUGAUGCUUACAUUGAUGAUAUAAGUGAACUCGUUCCCCUUACUAGUGGAACUAUUCGUACAGCAAUUGAUACAGGAUGUGGUGUUGCAAGUUGGGGUGCUUAUCUACUAAAAAGGGAUAUAAUAGCUAUGUCAUUUGCUCCAAGAGAUACACAUGAAGCACAAGUUUGGUUUGCACUUGAAAGAGGAGUUCCAGCAAUGAUUGGUGUUAUGGGUUCUCAGAGACUUCCAUAUCCAGCUAGGGCUUUUGAUAUGGCUCAUUGUUCUCGUUGCUUGAUUCCAUGGUACAAGUACGAUGGGUUAUACCUAAUUGAAGUUGACAGAGUUCUACGUCCCGGAGGUUAUUGGGUACUUUCAGGCCCUCCGAUUCGUUGGAAGACAUAUUGGAGAGGUUGGGAAAGAAGUCAAGAAGAUUUGAAGAAAGAACAGGAUUCUAUUGAAGAGACUGCUAGGCAACUUUGCUGGAAAAAAGUGAUUGAAAAGGGUGAUUUAUCUGUGUGGCAAAAGCCUCUGAAUCACAAUAAGUGUAUCAAAAACAAAUCACCAUUUAUCUGCAAGUCACGCAACAAAGCCGAUGCAGCAUGGUAUCAAGACAUGGAAGCUUGUAUCACUCCGCUACCAGAAGUAACCAACUCAGAUGAAGUAGCAGGUGGUGCAUUAGAAAAAUGGCCGGAACGAGCCUUUGCUAUUCCUCCUAGGAUCAGUACUGGCUCCAUACCAAGCAUUACAGUUGAGAAAUUUAAGGAGGAUAACCAGGUAUGGAAUGAGCGUGUGUCAUACUACAAACGUCUAAUUGGUCUAUUGCCUCAAGGACGAUACAGAAAUGUGAUGGACGCAAAUGCCUAUUUAGGUGGAUUUGCAGCAGCUCUUUCGAAAUAUCCAGUUUGGGUAAUGAACGUGGUUCCUGCUAAGAAUGAGCCAGACACUUUGGGUAUCAUAUAUGAAAGAGGCUUUAUUGGUACAUACAAUGACUGGUGUGAAGCUUUUUCAACAUAUCCGCGAACUUAUGAUCUCAUUCAUGCUGGUGGCUUGAUCAGCCUAUAUCAGGAUAGAUGUGAUAUCACGUAUAUUCUACUUGAGAUGGAUAGAAUAUUGAGGCCUGAAGGUACAGUUAUAUUCAGAGAUGGAGUAGAAGUACUAGUGAAAAUCAAAAGUAUUGCAGACGGUAUGAGAUGGCAAAGUCGAAUUGUGGAUCAUGAGAGCGGACCAUUUAACCCAGAGAAGAUUCUUAUUUCUGUAAAAACUUACUGGACUGGUGAACCUAAACGAGAAUAGCUGAUCAACCACACAAUAUUUUCGCGUAUGGUUAUUAAGUUUCUUUCUUGUUAUUGCUUGUAGUUGGAAUUAUUAACUUCAUUGCAGAUGAAUAGAAUAGAAGAUCGAUUCAUGCUCA